CUCUUUAUUAUGACUAUAUAUAUAUAAACACACAUGGGACUUCGAGUCCUCACUACUUGAGACAGUGUACUACGUGAAAAGCCCAGAGACAAAGCACAGCGUUUCAUAUCAUCAUCUACUCUUCAAGUUUCAACUAAUUUCUGUCUCCUUUAAGAAUGGCCGAAAAUGAUUCGCUGUCAGACUUCCUUGCCUCUGCUGUGGAUGCAGCGAAGAGAGCUGGCGAGAUAAUUCGUAAAGGAUUCUAUGAAACCAAACAUGUGGAGCAUAAAGGCACGGUGGAUUUGGUAACAGAAACUGAUAAGGCAUGUGAAGAUCUCAUUUUUAAUCAUCUCAAGCAGCUUUAUCCCACACAUAAGUUCAUUGGUGAAGAAACUACUGCUGCUUUUGGUGUCGUGGAAUUGACCGAUGAACCCACAUGGAUAGUUGAUCCUCUUGAUGGAACCACUAACUUCGUCCAUGGGUUUCCCUUUGUAUGUGUUUCAAUUGGUCUUACAAUUGGAAAGGUUCCUACAGUUGGUGUUGUUUACAAUCCAAUAAUGAAUGAGCUUUUUACUGGAAUCCGUGGAAAAGGUGCUUUUUUGAAUGGAAACCCUAUAAAAGUUUCAUCUCAAACUGAGCUGGUGAAGUCUCUCCUUGCAACUGAGGCUGGAACUAAACGUGAUAAGCCAACAUUGGAUUCCUAUAUGAACAGAAUUAAUAUCUUACUUGCCAAGGUGAGAUCCCUUCGAAUGACUGGCUCUUGUGCAUUAAAUCUCUGUGGAAUUGCAUGUGGAAGGCUUGAUCUAUUUUAUGAGCUUGGCUUUGGGGGUCCAUGGGAUGUGGCAGGUGGUGCAGUAAUUGUAACAGAAGCUGGAGGACUUGUGUAUGACCCAUCCGGUAAAGAUUUUGACAUUACCGCACAGCGGGUAGCAGCUUCAAACCCUCUUCUCAAGGAUGCAUUUGUUGAGGCUUUGCAGCAACCAGAAUGAGAAAACACCUAUUUGAUAAAUGAAUCGAGACAACUCUUUAUUCAAUAUAUUUUAAGUCCAUUCCCAUGUUCUGAAAAGCAUUAGUAGUUGUCUUACUAGUUACUAUUUUAUCAGGCUCCAUUUGCUGAGAAUAUUUAUAAUUUCGAGGAUACUUCAAAUUGUAUUGUGGCCUUUGUCAGUGCCAAAUUAUUUGUAGAUUCAGAGAUUCAGAGGAGAUGACAAAUAAACAUCGUUGCUUAUAUAAAUUUGCUUUACUCA